AUGGGGUCCAGCAGAAGGGCGGAGCCUACGGCAGGCCGGUUUCGAGCAGCUUCCAGCCGACUUGCGGGAAGGCCUCAGCGAGCCAUCGGAGCCAUCGGAGCCAUCGUUUGGAUUGGCACCGGGCAAGCUUGUUACGGCCUUCCCUUCUCGAUUCCCUUCGCUUGCCGGCGUGCAUCGGUCUUCUCUUUGGUCCUUGCGCCGCUGGCGCCUGGAGCAGCCCAGGCGCAGGCGGCGCAGGCCGAAAGGCUUCCCAAGCUUCCGGCAUCCGGGAGUCGCGUGCUUGAUCUCGGCGGCCUUCUUCCUGCAUCACUGGAGCAGGACCUCGAGAAGGCCAUAGAGUCACUGGAGCGUGAUACGCCGUAUCGAUUCCGUCUGGUGUGUCCUCCUCCUGGUUACGGCCCUCAGGAUCGGGCGACAUGGUCUGACUUUGUGAAGAAUGUUGGCCAGUACUUUGCACAAGAAGCUCAAUGGGAUCCUGCCAACGCUGUCGUAUUGCUGGUCUCUCCCAGAACCUCUGCCGGGCGCACGGCAAACCCGCUGAAUUUUUCCGUUGCCACCAAGCUUACCCAACGUCUACAGUAUCGGAUUGCAUCUGACACCUUUACCAAAAUAUCGAACAAGUAUGGAGACCGUGAUUUUGUGAUACAAACAGGGGAGGGAGAAGCUGCCGCACUCGCCGCCUUCAAUGCAAUCGCUUGCCUCCGCAAAGGGGUCUGCAUGCAGCCGCUGCCCGAUGACGAGGCUCGUGCUGUUGCCUUUGGAGGCAAAGCAGCGGUCAGCACUGCAGACGCCUUGGAAGCUGCUGGCCUUCGAUGA